UUUGUUGGCGGAACUAGACGGAAUCACACGGAGCUUGGCGAACAUUACCGAGAUUCUUCAACACAAUCACCUUGUCUACUGUGUGUGUCCUUCCACCAACAUCAGUUCUAUACACACACACACACUUAUAUAUAUUUAUAUACAUACGCUGCCAAGAUGUUUCCCAGAAUCCUCAGUGGUGUCAACAGUGUCUCUCGAGUGAUCAGCAAUGCUGCACAGCGUAACAUUGGGCUUUCUGCUCCAGCUAUGCAGACUGCAGCAGCACUUGACCCCAUCCAACAGUUAUUUGUCACCAAAGUCAGGGAAUAUGCCAACAAAAGCAAAGCUGCCAGUGGCCAGAUGGUUGACGUGACACCUGAAGUAAAGAAAACUUUGGAUGAGGAACUUAACAAAGUAAGCCGAGUAUAUAAUGUUGAAGGACAAGAUAUGACACAGUUCCCAACUUUCACUUGGACUGAUCCAACAUUAGAUGCUGUAAGUGUGAAAAUUGAAGCAUCAGCCGCUGCUGAGGCAGAAGCAGCAGCUGAAGAGGCCGGUGAUGAAGACUCAAAUGUUCCUUAUUUUGAUAUUUAAAUAGGAAACAACUUAGGAAACAAAUUAUCUUUUUCUUUUGAUAUAGUUUUGUUGAAAUGAGUGAAACAUCCAAAUAAAAGGAACAGUUUUGUAUUUCUUUUGGGAGAGAAUCCUUAAAGGAGUUGUAGAAAGUCUAUGUUCAAUCACAGGUGUUGGUGUUUCAUGUUAAUUACAAAAUAAAUGAAUUUUACAUUAA